AUGGCUUCAUAUUUAGUUACCGGCUCAUCUCGCGGCCUCGGCCUGGCGCUCGUCUCCCGACUGGCCUCACUGCCGAAGACUGAAGUCGCGCGUAUCAUUGCAACCGCGCGCCAAGACAACUCGCAUCGGCUGCAGGAGCUCGUGAACGCCUCAUCGGGACGAGUUGAAUUCGUGAAAUUAGAUGUCACCGACAAGACGAGUGUCGAGGAGGCCAUGAAGUCGGUGGAGCAAAAAUUACAAGGCCAGGGGCUUGACUACCUCAUCAACAACGCGGGCGUGAUGGAUUCGUCCAACCAUGGGCUGGAGGGGAUGAAUGAUCUGAAUGAAAUAUUUAACACGAAUGUCACUGCAGUUCACAUGGUCUCGCAAGCCUGCCUGCCUCUUCUUAGAAAGGGAUACAAGAGGGUUGUCAUCAACGUAUCUACUACUUUAGGCUCCAUCGCCAGGGCCAAGGUUUAUGCGCAGGGACGCUGUCCCGCCUACAAGAUCUCCAAAGCAGCGUUGAACAUGCUUAGUGUCCAAUAUGCCCAAGAAUAUGCCGAGGAAGGCUUCACUUUCCUCGCUGUUAGUCCAGGUUGGCUGCGUACCGACCUCGGAAGCUCUUAUGCAGAUCUCCCCGUAGAGACUGGUGCGGAGAAAGUUCUCGAUAUUAUACAGAAGGUGACCCCUGAGCAGAAUGGAAAAUUUGUCAAUAUCCAUGUUCCGGGAUGGGAGGAAGCAGAAGGAAAAAACCAGUACCCUGGAGGCGAGGUUCCUUGGUGA